AGAGCCAGAUCUUCCCCUCCCAGAGGGUUGUAGACUCCCUGAGGCCCAUUACAGGUCAGAUGAGGCAAGGCCCUGAUUCUAGAAAGGGGUGUCCUGGUCAUAGUUAGCUUCUGGGGUCCCUCAGGUCUUGGCUCCAUGGGCCUGGUGUGGUCGGUCUCGGUGAUUUCCCUGACUCUGACCUGGUCACGAUUCUUCUCGAAACCGUCCCUCCGAAGCAGGAACACCAUCUUCACCCUGGGGACCCGGGGUGCUGUCAUCUCCCCCACUGAACUCGAGGCCCCAAUCCUGGUGCCCCACACUGCCCAGCGUGGAGAGCAGAGGUAUCCGUUCGAGGCUCUCUUCCGCAGUCAGCACUACGCCCUCCUCGACAAUUCCUGCCGUGAAUAACUUUUCAUCUGUGAAUUCUUUGUCGUAUCUGGCCCAGCUGCUCAUGACCUGUUCCAUGCUGUCAUGGGCCGCACACUCGCCAUGACUCUG